GUUCUCAGAGAGAGAGAGAGAGAGAGAGAGAGAGAGAGAGAGAGAGUCCCAGUACAAGUCUGGAGACGUUUGUCUAAGACUCUGUAUUCCACAAAGAACAGAAAGAGACGGAGACGGAGAGGGAGAGAUUCUGUAUCUCAGUCAUGAAGUCCUGCACAUGGAUCGGCUCUCUGACGUUCCUGCUGUACGUUUGUCCUUCAUACGCGUCACACAGGCAAAGCAGACAAGUAACUGUCGGAAAUCUACAAGGAGUGUGUCGCUAUGGUAACCGGCUGGAGUGCUGCUACGGGUGGAAGAAAAAUACAAAAGGCCAGUGUGAAGCCCAGUGUGAGUUCGGGUGUAGGCACGGAGAGUGUGUCAGCCCGAACAAGUGCAAGUGUUUUCCGGGAUACACGGGCAAGACAUGUAGUCAAGAUUUAAACGAAUGUGGGUUGAAGCCUCGGCCCUGCGAGCAUCGCUGCAUGAACACCUUCGGGAGCUACAUGUGCUACUGCCUCAACGGCUACAUGCUAAUGCCUGAUGGGUCCUGUGCAAACUCGAGGACGUGCGUCAUGGCUCACUGUCAGUACGGCUGUGAGGAGGUCCAGGGGGAAAUCCGCUGCCUCUGUCCCUCAACUGGUUUACAGCUCAGCUCAGAUGGAAAGACGUGCGUUGAUAUUGAUGAAUGUGUAACAGGAAAGCACCAGUGUCCCUACAACCGCGAGUGUGCCAACACCUUCGGGAGCUACUACUGCAAGUGCCAAGUGGGUUACGAUCUAAAGUACAUCAAUGGAAAAUACGACUGCAUAGAUAUGAAUGAGUGCCUCGCCAACACUCACAAAUGUAGCCGUUAUGCAGAGUGUAUAAACACUAAGGGAUCGUACAAGUGCAAAUGCAAGCAGGGCUUCCGUGGCACGGGGUUCGAGUGUUCAGCAAAGCCCUUUUACUCCAGCAGCUCAUGGGACGCUGAGAGAGGCAGCGCAGACCGGCUUCUCAACGCGAUCCCAGAAUUCCCAUCAAAGCCGCGCAUCCUUGGCGGGAAAUUUGAUAACGCUAUCCCGGAGCCUGGAGCCACCGAAUCCUCCAGACUGCACCUACAGCCAUUCGAUUACGAUGGAGACGUUUACAUCGGGACAGGACAGGAAGUGACGCCGCUAAUAACGACCAGAGAGAAAAAGGAGGAAGAGGAGGAGGACGAAGGUAACGGAGUGGACAGUGAGAGACUGAACACCAGGGGAGAUGUGUUCUAUCCUGACGAGGUCUACAGCCGAGGAACAGAGUUUAAGGAGAUCCACGCAGCUCCUCUACAGGAACGAUUCCUCACAGACUGUAACUUUGACUCGGGGGAGUGUGAGUGGGUUCAGGAUCAGGACGACGAUCUGGACUGGAGCGUCCGCUACCACGAAGACGGGCUGCAGUACUACAUGGCGCUCAGUGGGAGCGCGGGUCAGUGGAGGGCGCAGGCCAGGCUGAAGCUCCUCCUCGCCGACGCCGUUCGUCAGGGCCCCUUCUGUCUGAGGUUCAGCCACAGGGCGGCGCUGUCGGGCACGCUACGCGUGAUAGCGGAUGGUGGACAAGCCCAGAGCGUCCUGUGGGAGCAGAGACACGGCCUGGACGACGGUUGGCACACGGAGAACGUAGACGUGGACUGGAGCGACAAAGCUCCUGAGGCGAUCGUGUUUGAGGGAUCGCGGGGAAGACUGGCACACGGAGAACUCGGGCUGGACAACGUGCUGCUGAUCUCAGGGAGAUGCCAUGAGGCUGAAGACCAGCUGUUUUAGAGAAACGUUCUUCAGCAAACAGAGUCUUGAAGAUUAAAUAUUUUUACUUCUUAAACAAAAGGCUGAUGGAAGUAACAAAUAUUAGCAACUAAAUAUUUUUAUAUAUAAUAAAGGCGAAGGUGAUGGAGAUGUGAUUCCUGCAUCAACAACGUGAGAAAGCUGUGAGAGGUUCAGUGCCACUUGUUGUGCUUUCAUUUUCUCAAAAAAUAAAUAAAUAAAUAUAUAAAUUGAGUUUCUUUAAAAAUUUUUAAUUAAAGCAUUCUGUGAAAAUUUUUCCGAAAAAAAUAUAUAAGUCUGUAGUGUCCGUAACCAUGUCACAUUCAUGUUGCAGUAUCUUAACAAUGUUGCAUUUUAUAAUAAUACAUGUUUUGAUAUUUAUGUCUUUUCAUGUGAAAUCUAAACUGGCCGAGUUUCAUCUGAAUGACAGUUAAGAUCAUUAAAAUAUUUAAAUAAAAAAGUAACAGACACUAAAACAUAAAAGAGCAUGAAACUGUAUUUAGCAAAUGUUUCUUUUUAUCUGAUAAGAAUGUGUGUAUGAAUAUUUACAAUAAACAUCAGGAUCAGGAGAUACCUGGAGGAGUGAUAAGUAUGAUUCUGUAAAAUGGUGUUUAUAUGAUCUGAAGAUUCCAACAAUUUUAGCACCGACAUGGUGUUUUGGAGGACGUGUGGAUGCAGAGAGGGAACAAUAUACUCAGAGC